GGAGGAGGAGGAGGGCGUGGCAGGAUGAGCCCGGAGGAGAGCAGGAAGGAGCGGGAGGCGAGGUCCCUGGCACUGGAGAGAGCCUAUGUACACGAUGUCUACGACCAGAUUUCGGCUCACUUCUCCAGCGCGAGAUAUCGGGCUUGGCCUCGAGUCAGACAGUUCCUCACCGACCUCGAGCCUGGAGCCUUUGUGGCAGACGUAGGCUGUGGUAAUGGCAAAUACCUGCAUAUCAACCAGCAGGUAUUUAAAGUCGGUGUGGACAGGUGCUUCAACCUAACAGGCGCGGCGAGAGAACGAGAUCACGAGGUGAUGGUGAGCGACAACCUGGCCCUUCCGUUCCGCGACGAGAGCUUCGACGCCGCCCUCAGCAUCGCGGUCAUCCACCACUUCGCCACGACCGAGCGCCGCGUCAGGGCCCUCCGCGAACUGGCCCGGAUUCUCAAGAUCGGGGGCCGCCUCAUGAUCAGCGUCUGGGCCAUGGAACAGCGCCAUCGCAAGUUCGAGUCACAGGACGUGUUGGUUCCGUGGCACCGUCCCGAACAGUCUUCCAGUGAUGACAAGGCUUCGAGUGUGGAGAGGGACCUUAACUCUACCACGACAGACGAUGAUGAUGUGUUGCACUACCACGCUCAUAACCACAGCGACAGUGAUUCCUGCCCUUCCAACAGCAGAUAGUGAUAUCUGGAACCCCCUGCGACCUGUGACGUCACAGCGACAUCACGCUCAGGU